UAUGUUACUGCCAUUUAUAAAAAAACCCCUCCGAAGACACUUUUGCGCUUAACAUAAACUAUCUACUCGACACACAAUCUACUGUCAAAAGCUAUUUAGUCGCACAAUCAGCGCCAACAGGAACUAACAUUGACGCUGACGGACAGACCGGGACAGCAAUUCGCGCGCUCACUGUACGCUUGUAUUUGUUUUCCAUCGAUGUCGCGUUUGUUGCAGCAAAAAGGGGACCGACACAGUAACGGGCGGGCGGGGAUGAAAGAUGAUGGCGGGAAGGGGAUGACGGGUGCAACGACGGAACAUGGCAAAGAAACGUGAGGCGUGCAAAUGUGUUCCCAGCAAAGCAAGAUUAUUAUUGCCUUGCCACGGCACACCAGAUCACAAGGUCACGGUCAACCGUGUACGUCUAAGCUAGAGAGAGAGAGUCGAGAGAUAACCGCGCGAGAACCUGAAAACCACGAGUUUGAGUUCGCGAACACGAGUUCUCACGCUUGUACGAAUCAUCCCUCUCGGUAGUAUAGUGCACACACUAAAGGGGGUGGGUUUUUUGGGCUCUCACAUUGGAACAUGAGAUACUGAGCAUCUCCUGUUGUGAGAAAUUGUAAAUAGAGCAGUGCGAAGAAUGCCAACGGAGAAGCGAAAUAGUAGAUCAUCCUCGAUAGUUUCCAACCGAGAGCAGAAUGAUAGUAAAUAAAUCGUAAAACAUUUCUAUCCAUCAGUACAAGAGCAUAAAUUGGUUUAUUAGCAGCUUUAAUACUUGCUACUAACCAACGUAAGGUGUAGGAAAAAAUUGCUAAACGGAACGAAAAGAACAAAUAAUUCUUCUGAUGGAUAUGGUUUUCAAGAAGAACACAUCUUUACACCAUUGUCUGCGUAGGAUGUUUGUUGAGAAGAUAAAAAUAAUUAUAACCCCGUCGCUUCGACGUUUGGACACACUCGUAGCAAAACAACAACAAACUUACUCGAAAAUAAGCUGUCCACCACCUGUCGGCGCACUCGGCAAUCACGGCAACUGCUCGAAUGAGAGAAAUGGCCAAUAAUACACAGGGACGUGCGAGUGACGCUUACUUUCCUUCUCGCCGUCACUCAUUUUCCCGAGAGUGAGAACAUUUCGUGCUAAUGCUCCCUUUGGAAGGAAAACUCAUCCAGCAAUCCCCCCCCCAAUCGGCCCCUCACCCCAUACCUCUUGACUUCUGUGUUGUUUAUGAGUGUGUGUGCGGCUGGCUCUGGAUUGUUCGACUCGAGUCAUCCGCACCUGGUGCAGUGUGGGUCAGUCGAACAGCAUGUCCACAGCGAAAAGGACAACGGUGACGACGACCCUAACAACGACGACCACCGCUAUCACUAGCACCGUCCCAACGGACGGCCACGACAAACAAGCGAAAACACCCGGAUGAUCAGUGAUUACGUUUGUCGUUUUUUCUCGGAAGGAUUUCCCUCCCAUGUUGCUGCCUGCUGCUAAUAGAUGCAAACAGUGCACCACCCUGUUUCCAACACUCCAAUCCUUCGUAUCCUGCCUAUCGGAGAACAGAAUUAGCCAAAUCCCUUCGCUAUGCCCAUACCUUCACAAUGUGUGUGCGCGCGCGUGUGUGUGUGUGUAGAAGUGUAAAAAAGUUUACCCAAUUCCAGUAAGCAGAGACCUUCACGAAAAGGAGGUUUCUUACACAACGCGGAACAGGACACAAAACAAAGCAAGUGAAGGAAUCCGGACGGACGAAAGUUACGUACUUCCCGCGAGAGGGGGGGUAGGAAAAUCCUGUACAAUUCUUGUUGUAUGUGUUUGUGUGUGUGGCUGUUGGUAGGCAGUUUUCUAACAAAGCCUUAUACUACGACAAAGUCUGCAGCAUCGCAUCGUACAAAUACUACGAUGGAUUUCACGCCACUACCUUCCGAGCUGGAGGAGCUGAUCCUCUGCAGCUGCUGCCAUCUGCCGUUCAACGAGACGGACGCACUGCCGAAACUGUUCUCCUGCCGGCACUACUUCUGUCUCAAGUGCGUCAACCAGGUGCUGCUGAAGGGUAACGAGCUGUACUGCGUGCACUGCUGGAAGCGGACGGAGCUGACCGGGCCGGACAUGAAGCCGGACGCACUACCGACACACAACGCCAUCCUGUAUCUGUCGCAGAAUCUAAGCAUGAUCUCGAGCGGUAGCAUAACGACAACGAACAAAAAGCCACCGGAUAAAGCGAACAAUGGUAGCGACAGCUGCAGUACGGUGGCGACCACCUCGAGCACAACCAACGGUGGUGGAUCGCUUGCUGCCGGCGCAGCCUCGACGACUAGUGGCGGUGCGACCGGCAAUGGAGCUUCCGGGUCGGGUAUUAAUGUGGCGAUCGGUGGUGGUGGUGGUGGUGCUGGCAGUGGUGGUAGUAACACGAGCAGUAGCAGUGUGGGCAGCGGUAUUAGUGUGGUCGUAACAACGGGUAGCAGUGUCGGUUCAUCGGUGGCUUCGAACGGAUCCACCGGAAUGCCCACGAAUGGGGCGGGCGUGAUCGGUAGUGCAGUGGUCGGUGGUGGUGGUGGUAUCGGUAUCGGUGUCGGUAGUGUCGGUGGUAGUGCUGGUACUAGUGGUUCGGGUGUAGUGAGUGCCAUCGGUUCGGGCAAGUAUCGUAGCAAGGGUGAGAACUGUCUCACGCACGCCAUGCCCAAUGCGCUAUGGUGUUUAAAGUGUAGUACCGCCGUCUGUCGGGCGUGUGCCAGCGGUGACGAUCAUCGGCAGCAUCCGGUAAAGACGCAGGCAGAAGCGCGCGACCACAUACGCACGGACAUUGCGUCCGAUCUGCUGCUGAUGCAGAAGUCACUCGCCGAGCUGCAGCAUUUCGUCUUCAAGCAGCGUGACUUUCUGCUCAAGAUACUGGAGGCAUGCACCGCACUCAAGACGCAGGUCGAGACGGAGCUGAUCAACCAUCUGCCCACGUUCGAGGUGGCGGAAAUAAGAAGCAACCUUACCAAGGCGAAGCUGUUCCUUGGCAUGCUGGACCAGCAAUCGCCGGCGGAAGCGUACAAGCUGUACGCAAACCUGCACAUGGAGAAGCAACGGCUGCAGUCCAAAUACCAGGAGAUGUUUCUCCAGUGCAAGCUGGACGAUCUGAUUCAGCAUUACGGCGUACUGUUCGAUUUCGAUCUCAUCAAGCAGGCGCUCUCCAACCUCAACACCAUCGAUCCCAUCUCGUUCGGCAAUGGGACGGUGGCUGGGUCGGCCGCGAUCAAUGGCCACCAUAACUCCAUCCUGCUGCUUGCCAAUUACUGCAUCUCUCAGCUGUAUUCGCGCCACAUCCUUACCACCAAACAUCAUCCUUCGCCACAACAACAGCAUCAGCAGUCACAACACCAUCAACAGCAGCAGCAGCAACAACAGCACCAGCAACAACAGCAGCCACUUCCUUCGCAGCUCGGUCCACUCGAAGGCGUUACGCUCGGUGGACAUCAUUACGUCCAUCAGCAGUCGCCGAAUCACGUUACGAUGAACCAUCUGCAUCAUCACGUCGCCCAACAGCUGCAUCACCAUCAGCAGCAGCAGCAACAACAUCAGCAACAGCUAACCGGUUCCGGCACGUACGCAUGCCAGCUGCACGACAUGGCUUCGGCGAUACUGAUCGCACCAUCACAGGACCGGAUGGCACCGGGCAGCGGACGGGCAACGGGUGAUGGGUCCAGUUCGGCCCGUACAUCCGGUUCCGGAUCGGGCUAUCUGAGCGAGAUCCUAAACGGUGCCGGCAGCUCAUCGGCGCUGCAUCAACAUGCAGCCCUGCAGCAGCAACAUUCCUCGCAGCUUGCCUCACCCGGCGGGCUCAUUUCGUCCUCGUCCUGCUCGAGUGUCGUUUCGCUCGUACCGGCACCGUCCUCUUCGGCCGGCUCUUCCUCGGUGGUGGUCGGUGCGGGCAAGGGUCAAUCGGCGGCGGCCGCCGCCGCUGCUGCUGCUGCCGUGGCAGCCACCCUGCUGUGCAAUCCGUCCGUGCACGUCUACCCGAUCUACUUCUUCAGCAUCGAGAUCAACGGCCAACCGUUCGGGCGCAUCCUGAUCGAGGUGCGCAACGAUGUCGCGCCAAAGAUGGCGAAGAACUUUGGCGCCCUGUGUACGGGCGAGCUUGGCUUCGGCUACAAGGGCUGCAGUAUCUUUCAGUGCUGGGAAAACGAGAGCAUCAUUACGGGUGAUUUCGAGCUGAACAAUGGGCGCGGUGGCCGGUCCGUGUUUGAGGAGGGUUUCUUCAUGCCGGACGACACCAAGAUACUGGCGAUCCGUGGUUCGGUCGGUAUGCGGCGUAGCCAGAAGCGCCACGACAAUAUGGGACUGGUUGGGUCGCAGUUCCGCAUCAUACUGCGGGAAAUGCGCGGCUUUACCGGCAUCUUCGCGUUCGUCGUCGAGGGACUGGAGCUGGUGGAAAAGAUUAGCCAGGCGGGCGAUUCCGCCGGUAAGCCACAGAGCACGGUGCUGAUCGCUAACUGUGGCAAGUGGCAGUAGAGCGCGAUGAUGAUUUGCACGAUAAUGUAGCGGAAGGUAAUGCGUAGCUGUGAAGUAGUGGGCAAGAUUCUUCGAGGGUACGUUUUGUUGAUAGCUUGAUUCUGUUACUUAUAUUCGGGGGUAGGGGAGGGUAAAGGGCAAAAGGGUAGACAGCACGCGUAAUGGCCAAAGAGCAAUGUUGUGGAAGAAGCUCAAAGCUUCAAUUCCAUUGUUUGUUAGUAAGCGACGAUCGACGCAUUGAUAGAUUUUAACGAUUCGUGUUUUUUGGCUCUGCGACGAGCCAAGGUAUAAUGUAGAUACAUGUAGGAUAAUUUUGUUUUCCCCUUCUUUUAAACCCUCACACACACACCUUCUGCUGCUAGUAUUGUUGUUUAGAGUCAUACUUUGGUUCCGGUUUGGGCAUCAAUGGUAUCCCACUGUUAGAUUUUGUUUUCCCUCUCUUCGGAUUUACACACUAGAGUUCACUGCACGCACUGAAUACGCGAGAUUAACGGGGCGCUGUAACGGACCAAUACAUUUCGCGGGUUCUAAUACGCGGUAGUGGCGGCUUCUAUACUAGACUGAACGGCGCACGCGCACGGUAGUAGGUUAGGGAAGGGCAGGGUAGCGAUUUAAAACAAACUUCGGAACGGAUUCGACACGGAUAGAUGUAGCUUCUCCUUAGGAUACGUGAAGACGAUUACUAACUAUAUUACGCCGCUCGAUAGAACGACAUUAAGCAACGGAUUAUUCAAGUUGUUCGUGAAACGAACCCAAUUUCAAUAUACAGACAAACGAUCGACACAUGAUCGCGUGAUACGAAAAUGAAGGCAGCGAACGGCAAGAAGCACGAAUAUCUCGAAAAAAAAAAACAAACAAACGAUUCAGCAAUCUCCAAAAACAUAAAACAGCCCAUCUUGAAAUCUAUUGAAGAGAGAUUUCAUACAAAUGAAGAAUAUUUCCGUAUUACAGUACCCGGUAAAGUUUAUUUUACCUAGUUACGGGUUGGAAACGGAAACAUUAACAUCAAGAUACGACAAAAAAAAUAACAAGCGAUGGAAUUUUCCUUCAUAAAAAUAAUUCCACCGAUGAACAAUGUUGCAACAGCACACACAGACACCACACAGUACACGAGAUCUUCCCUUGUUUGAUGGGUGAAAAAACUCCAUCUACGAAGUGAAAGCUCUAGCUAUCGUUAGAAAGGCUGAAGCCAGUUCGCACUCGUACAAACACACCGUAUGUAUCUCGACACACUUGCGUCACACACAUGUUGCUAGCAUUGAUUGAGACUAGAUGCUAAAAGGAUACGGGAUAGAGUCGCGACUUAGAAUUAACACAGAAACAUACACAAUAAAGCAUAAACAUCAUCGGCACACGAUCGGCACUAGCGUGUAUAACGAUAGCAAAAUCGCUAAAAAAAAAAUAUGUGAAAAAUAUGCAAAACAAUUUUAACGACUUCAAGUCAAGCGACAAAUAUGCUAACAACAUUCUCUUUAGUCGAUUUAAUGCAAAACAAAAACGCAUCACACAACAAACCACGGCGAAAAGGGAAAAUAAUAUUAAAAAAAUACAAGAAAAAGAUAUAAAAACAAAACUAUAAUACGCAAACAAGUUAAACAAACCAUGAAACCAAAAAAACAGAAGGGAAUAAAUCAUGAACGUAAAGAAAGUACAAUGAAUUGUAUUAACUGUUAAAUGUUAGUGAAAUCGUAACACGUGUGAACGCUAAGCGUAUGAUGUAGUAAACUUGGUAGACUUUAAAGAAAAACACGAAAGAAUGAUAAGAAAGGAACAAUAUAAAAAAAGAGAACGUACAUUGUACAAACAGAAGAUGGAAAUGCGAAAGAGAAAAACAUAUAUAUUAUAUAUACACGUAACACAUACAAACACACAUAAACCAGAACCAGCGAGAUGUAAUUUUUGGCACGUAAGCGGAACAAGGCGUUUAUAUAGUCGGACAAAUGUAUAGAAAACUAUAUAUUCCUGCAUGAAAACGAAACGUAAUAUUACCGACAGAAAGCUAUAUUUUUAUUGUGCAGUAGUUGAAACAGAAAACAACCAAAAACAAUGUGUGAAGGAGAAGGAGCAGAAGGAGCAAAACAAAAACAACAAAUAUAUAUAUAUAAAUGUGUUACAAAAGCGUUAACUUCACGGUACACAAAACCAGCAUGUAAACGAAACAAUUUUUUCGAAACGAAACACAAAUCCAUAUCCCAUUCGCUGCUCAAACAUUCGGGAACGAGAGAGCAAAGCGCACUUUAAUAUAAUAAUGUAAUGGCCGAUAGGGACGUUAGGCAAAUUGCACACCGGUGAACCCGUCUAAGGGGAGCGGGUUCAUUCCGAUGCUGCACUCUGCGCUGCUUAAGCAUUUUGCAGGCAAAUAUUAAGCGUUUCUCGCUCAGCGAACAAAAAUCCAAUCAAAAGAUGAAGCAGCAGAAGAAAAACUAUUUAAACUUUCACUCUCCUCCAUUCACUAUGUACGUGUGCGUUUGUAGGAGCGAUGAGCAUUAUUUACACAUUACAGGCUCGUUAUGCGGAGAUGUCGAAAGGAAGCGUAUUGAGAAAGAGAAGAAAAAAACCAAACCCAAACAAGACAACCCGAUUGACGAGCGCGAUCAUUGCAAGCCUAGUGUUAGAAUUAUAUAGAUGUCAGAAUGAACUGUGAAGAGACUGAAUGUUUUGGAAUGAAACCGUAAACAAAACCUACCAAUAAUACAAAACACGUAACCAGCAAACAUGUAGAAACGAAAUCCUACAGCAACAAUGAGACACAACAUAGCCAAGUAUAAUAUUCAAACAAUGGUUCGUUUUCCGUUGGCCGAUCGAUCGCAUAGAAGAAGACAAGCGGCAAGAGACGAGCAAAUCAAACAUAACAAUAGAGGGAAACACGUGUACCUUCUACAGCAUGUAGUAGUAGUAGAAGCAGCAGCUGCACUAUAACACACUAUUAUUUGCACUUCUGUACCGAAACAAAGCGAAACGAAAUCCUUCCGGCGAAAGGCAUUGAAGACGAUGAUUCGGGAACGUGUCGAGAAAGUUAGAAGUAGACGAACUUUAAUUAGGGAACGCGCAGCGCGAAGAAAUGUGAAUGUAUUUAACGAAACAAACAGAGGUAAUGCAACAUAACCAACACGUCGAAUACGUAUAUCUACUAAAAACCUCGGUGCAAAACCCGCGCUAUAUUGAACACGAAUGUAUAACAAAAACAAAAUGCAACACGUUACAAAGCAGUACAAAAUCGAUUACAAGCGGAAACAAAUGGAUGUGGUUGAGUUUUAGAGCUUGUCGUACAUAGGGGGCGGUAUGUUUGUAAAUGAACACAAACGAAUGGAAUAUAUGAACAAAAACAACAAAAAAACGAAAUGCACCCACUUCUUUCGGUACAGCGGAUAGUAAAUUAAGCACCAACAAACAUCGUUCUAGCGUUGUUUUCAUCGAACAGACUAUGUUUUUUUGUCGAUCGUGUGUGCGUUUUUGCUUUGGGUUAAUACAACUUGUAGCUUAUGUUUUUAAUUGAAUUCUUAGCUUUUUUGUAAUCUUAUUCCUUACAUUUCCGUGCUAAAGAUUUGAAAUAAAUGUCGACGAAUUAUACAGUAAUUAGCGAUACAAAAAACAAAACUUAUCGAACGUUAAAGUGGUUAAACAUGGUGAAGAAAAAACGCAUACACAGUACACGCCAGCACUUUAAGCACACGAUUGCACAUUAGUAACAAUAGUAAUCGCAUAAAGGAACUACUUUUGCUCGGACAGCUUGAAUACGAGAAUGAAGGAAACGAAAUGAAAUGUAAAAUUUUCGUUUACAUAAAAUCACUUCUAUUGCUCAUUAUUCUACUUCUGGGUUACAAUAGUAAGGAAUAUACGUCUUCUGUUGACUGAUCGUCGGAAGCACCGGUUUGGUAUCUAUAUUUUAUAGCAAUUGUUUCAAAAAAAACCACACCCCCAUCCACAACGAUUGCAAGGGAAUGGGUAGAUAAGAUAAGCUUUACCAGUCGAAACGAAAUGCAAUGAAACCAGGCAAUGGAUAACGAAAGUACAAGCAACAAAAUAGAUGCAUCGCAUCUGCUUUCCUUUGCACGGGAAAAAGGAAAAGAAAACGGGAAAAAUGUGCAAUCUACAUAGACAGACAGUAUUCUACCGGAAAUGUACAUGUAAAAGCAACUUAAAGAACUCAUCAUCUAAUCCCUAUCGUUGCCAACAUCUUGCGUUAACGAAAUAAAGCCAGACAAUUAACAGAUUCAAUGUUAAACUACACCAACAACGCAUCGGAAGCAUACAGUGUGAACAUGUUUACUAGAACGUACCGCCGGACAGAAGCAUUGCGAAUGGACACGUUUGAUUGCGAUAUAAGGAUAGCAACAAACGCUAAAUCACAAUACGGGCAUAUGUUAGUGUGCGAUAUGAUUGUAGGAGAACGAUUCAUCCGGUGAUGGUGGGAACCGUGGGUAUAAAGCGAUUUUUAUAAGGAUAAGGAAAUACGGAAACAGUACAAUCGACGUACGUGCUCUCGAGACGGUUUAUUAGUUGAGUAUGCAAUCUGUACGUGUAAUAUGCGAAUGCGAGCGUGGUAAGGAAGUGAGCGGCGAAAGAUCGGAUAAUUUCUUUAACAAAACCACAGAAAAAAAAACUAUAAUAAACGGAUCAAGACCCUUCAACGGUAGAACGGCUAAAAUAAACGGUGAAAUUAAA